GCCCACACCAGAACUGGAGAGGGCUUUAAAGAUAAAAGAAACUUUGGAGAAAAGAUCAUCCUUGAAAACACUGCUUUUGCUUUUGGUUCUGACAGGAACUUCCAUGGUCAUAGGAGAUGGUAUUCUUACCCCCGCAAUGUCAGGUACAUGGAUGUGUUGUGUCAUUGACUGGUAGCUAGGUGCUAUAAAAACGUAGUCCGUGUUUGAGAAUUUUCUGCUCACAUCAUAUGGUCUUACAACUGGUGGAUUUCUAUCUUCCAUUCACCAUGUAGAACUGGAGAUUAUUCAAUAGUGAAGGUGCAACUCAGUCACUAGCUAUGAGAUUUUUUAAGCAGUAGACGAUUCCAUGCGGUUUUUCUUGGGGAACGCCAACAAAAUUCAAAGUUAGUGACCUCCUAGAAAAUAAGCUCCUGAUUGUCAAAAUAAUAAUAAUAAAAAAAAAAACAGAGAACAAAGCUCUGAAAUACAUGCUACAUUAACUGUGGGAGUUUAAGGAUUUAUCGUCUGUUAAGAACUAGGCUUAACAAAGUGAUUCUUGAUAGAAAGAAAGAUUUAGGGAGAGAGGAAUUGAGAGAAAGAGAGAAAAGGGAUUCUGCAGAAUUUCUACAAAAUAGACUAUACUGAUUUCAUUCUUAUUCUCUUCAGGAAUUCUACAACGAUAUUUAUAGAGGUGUUGAUCUCUUGUGCUAACUAAUAUUUACUUAUGAACUAUUAACAAUCCUUAUCCAACUAAUAAAGCAUGGUGUCAUUCUCCUACUAACUAAGGAUCACAUGGUGUUGUAACAUCAUCAAAGUCCAAUUCGAUGAAUUUAUGUGAAGAACCAGCUACAGUUACCUAUUGGAUAAAUCAUGAGUGCUGAUUCGUUGAAAUCAAACCCUAUAGGGUAUAGAUAUUUUCGUUUGGCUUGCUUGUCAGUGAGAUAGGUGAAGAGUGCUUGCAACUUCCAAAAAGGCAGAAGCUUUCCUUAAAAGGGGAAUUAUUUUCACUUGAAACAUCAUCUUGAUCAUUCUCUCCAUAUGAAUAUUUUGCUGUUGAUUUCCCUUUAACCUUAAUUUAGAAUUGUGUAUUUGGUAAUGUGUUUCAGGUGCGUUUGCAAAAGCGCUUUCAGAAUGAAAAAAGCAUCAAUUCAAUGCUUUCUCGGUCCAAAAGCACUUUGAAAUGCAUUAACAAACCAGAGGACAAGGCAUAUUGAACUUGUUCGUUGGUUCUUUGUUUCAAUAAUUAUGUGAUGUCGGCCGUGAGCGGUCUGCAAGGUGAAAUAUCCUGGUUUGGUACAAAUGCUGUGGUUGUUGUCUCAAUCAUAAUCCUUGUGGGGCUGUUCAGCAUACAGCAGUUUGGAACAGGGAAGGUGGGUUUCCUGUUUGCUCCGGUACUUGGUCUGUGGUUCUUUUCUCUGGGUUCCAUUGGGAUUUACAAUCUAGUGAAGCAUGAUAGCAGCGUCAUCAAGGCACUCAAUCCAGCUUAUAUCUAUUUUUUCUUCAAAAAGAACAGUAGUGCUGCUUGGUCAGCUCUUGGUGGCUGCGUUCUGUGCAUUACAGGAGCUGAAGCCAUGUUCGCUGACUUGGGGCAUUUUUCCGUAGAAUCCAUACAGAUUGCCUUUACUUGUGUAGUGUUUCCCUGUCUUCUCCUGGCUUACAUGGGUCAGGCUUCAAAUUUGAUGAAAUAUCCCGAUUCAGCAAGCAGAAUAUUCUACGAUUCUAUUCCAGAGAGCCUUUUCUGGCCAGUCUUUGUCAUUGCCACCCUCGCUGCCAUGAUUGCCAGCCAAGCAAUGAUAUCUGCUACAUUUUCGUGUGUUAAGCAAGCAAUGUCUCUUGGAUGCUUCCCAAGGUUGAAGAUAGUUCACACCUCAAGGAAGCUGAUGGGCCAAAUUUAUAUCCCUGUAAUCAAUUAUUUUCUAAUGAUAAUGUGCAUUGUUGUGGUUUCAAUCUUCCGAAGAACAACAGAUAUUGCCAAUGCAUAUGGCAUAGCUGAAGUUGGUGUGAUGAUUGUGAGCACCACGCUGGUGACACUUGUGAUGCUUCUAAUUUGGAAGACCAACUUGUUCCUGGCUUUGUGUUUCCCGUUAGUGUUUGGGUCUGUAGAGCUCGUUUACUUGUCUGCAGUUUUAUCAAAAAUCAAAGAGGGAGGUUGGCUUCCGCUUGUUUUUGCUACGUUCUUUCUAUGUGUGAUGUACACUUGGAAUUAUGGGAGCGUGUUGAAGUACCAGAGUGAGGUGAGAGAGAAGAUUUCCAUGGAUUUUAUGCUUGAACUUGGCUCCACCCUUGGAACUGUAAGAGUUCCAGGAAUCGGACUGCUGUACAAUGAGCUUGUCCAAGGCAUUCCCUCAAUUUUUGGGCAGUUCCUGCUUAGCCUUCCAGCAAUCCACUCUACUAUAGUAUUUGUUUGCAUCAAGUAUGUUCCUGUGCCAGUGGUCCCUCAAGAGGAAAGGUUUCUUUUCCGUAGAGUUUGUCCGAAGGACUACCAUAUAUUCCAAUGUGUUGCCCGAUACGGUUACAAAGAUGUCAGGAAGGUAGAUCACCAUGUGUUUGAGCAACUUUUAGUUGAAAGCCUUGAGAAGUUCUUGAGGAGAGAGGCUCAAGAUCUUGCCAUGGAGAGCAAUUUGAACGAGCACUUUGAUGAUAGUGUUUCCGAGAGGUCAAGGGAUUCUGGAGCUGCGGGUGGUGAUGGGACAGAGGAACUUAGGGUUCCUUUAAUGCAUGAUCAUAGAUUGGAAGCCCCGGGAACUUCUAUUCCCGAAGACACUUCAUCAGCAUUGCCCGCAAGUGUAAUGUCCUUCGAUGAAGACCCAGGUCUGGAGUAUGAGCUUUCAGCUCUUCGAGAAGCAAUGGAUUCGGGAUUUACUUAUUUAUUGGCUCACGGGGAUGUGAGGGCAAAGAAAAACUCCCUUUUCUUCAAGAAACUGGUUAUUAACUACCUCUAUGCAUUCUUGAGGAAUAAUUGUAGAGCUGGUGCUGCUAAUAUGAGUGUACCCCACAUGAAUAUCAUGCAAGUGGCGAUGACAUAUAUGGUCUGAUUCGUUUUUCUCAUUUAAGACGGUCUGGGAUUUUAGUCUGUCCACUUGAAGCUUUAAAUAAAACUCUGGGAAAAAUAAUGAUAGAACUGCGGUUGCAUCUGUGCGACUGUGUGCAUUGUAGUAUUUCAUGUAGAAUCCUUGAUGAAUUUGCUUUUUGCCCUGUACUCAA